CAGUUCCUCGAAGCAGAUCAAGGAAUUAAGGAGCUAGCAGAGACUGCAGGAUGGCGUUCCAAGGGACGACGACCAAGUGCAUGGCCUGCGAGAAGACCGUCUACUUGGUGGACAAGCUCACCGCCGAUAACCGUCUCUACCACAAGGCCUGCUUCCGCUGCCACCACUGCAAAGGCACCUUGAAGCUGGGGAACUACAACUCCUUCGAGGGAGUUCUCUAUUGCAGACCACACUUCGAUCAACUCUUCAAGAUGACUGGUAGCCUGGACAAAAGCUUCGACGGGACUCCGAAGGUUGCCAAGCCAGAAAAGCAAGUCGAUAGACAGAACGCAAGCAAAGUCUCGAGUGCUUUUGCUGGUACCAGAGAGAAGUGCGUGGGGUGCGACAAGACUGUGUAUCCAACAGAAAGAGUGGCGGUGAACGGAAAGCCAUACCAUAAGAGCUGCUUCAAGUGCUGCCAUGGAGGGUGUGUCAUCAGCCCUUCCAACUACAUUGCUCAUGAGGGGAAGCUCUACUGCAAACACCACCACAUCCAGCUCUUCAAGGAGAAGGGAAACUACAGUCAAUUGGAGAAUGAUGAUGAUGAAGAAGCAGAAGCAGCAGCAGCAGCCACUGCGACACAACCACAUGCUGCAUAAUUAUAUCGAUGAAUCUUAAAUCAUUUGAAGAAUGAUGUACUCGAUUACCCUUUUUUUUUUUAAACGUAUCCUUGUUUGGUUUAUCAGAGCAAAUUACUAUCAGCUAUGCAAUUUGGGAUU